GAGAGAGGAGAAGAGACCAAGAGGAAGGCAGAGAUUCCUUGGUGACCCUUUGCCCUUGGACACCCCUCCUCCUUACACUCUGGAUUAAACAGCAUUAGGGAGCCAAGAGAGGAAACACAUGUGGUGGCUAGAGACCUGUGCCUGCCUGUUCCCUUCCUACACCCCGUCAUCUCACCACACCCUUCACCUCACCUUACACUCCCCUUCAGCUCAGGAACUGGGAGCUACAGAGAGGAGGGGAGAAGGAGGAGGAGGAAACAUAAUUCCCUGCCCAACUCUGGCCCCACACCCAGCACAGACAGCAGGUAGGCAAGCCUGCCGAGAAUACUCAGAGGGAGACCUGUGAUCAGCAAAUAGGUCCGAGCCUGGAAAUUUCGCUGAGAAGAGAUCCAAGUCUGAUCGGCACCGGCUUUCACUCCCGCUCCAGCCUCCACUCCAGCCCCCAUUUCGGCUCCAGCCUCGCCUCGCACUCAGCUCCGGCUCUCAGCCUGCCUGCAUCGCCCCCCUCCUCCCGGUUCCUGAGCCAGCAGCUCCUGCCCUAAGAUUUGUAGGCAGACCCUCAAGCCAUGGCUGGUCCCUUCUCUCGUCUGCUGUCUGCGCGCCCCGGGCUCAGGCUCCUGGCUUUGGCUGGAGCUGGGUCUCUCGCCGCUGGGUUUCUGCUCCGAUCGGAACCUGUUCGAGCCGCCAGUGAACGAAGGAGGCUAUAUCCCCCGAGUGCUGAGUACCCAGACCUCCGAAAGCACAACAACUGCAUGGCCAGUCACCUGACCCCGGCAGUCUAUGCCCGUCUCUGCGACAAGACCACACCCACUGGCUGGACGCUAGAUCAGUGUAUCCAGACUGGCGUGGACAACCCUGGCCACCCCUUCAUCAAGACUGUGGGCAUGGUAGCUGGUGAUGAGGAGACCUAUGAGGUAUUUGCUGAGCUGUUUGACCCUGUGAUCCAAGAGCGACACAAUGGGUAUGACCCCCGAACGAUGAAACAUACCACCGACCUGGAUGCCAGCAAGAUCCGUUCUGGCUACUUUGAUGAGAGGUAUGUAUUGUCCUCGAGAGUCAGAACUGGCCGAAGUAUCCGGGGACUCAGCCUGCCUCCAGCCUGUACUCGGGCAGAGCGACGAGAGGUGGAACGUGUCGUCGUGGAUGCGCUGAGUGGCCUGAAGGGUGACCUGGCUGGACGCUACUAUCGGCUCAGUGAGAUGACAGAGGCCGAGCAGCAGCAGCUAAUUGAUGACCACUUCCUGUUUGAUAAGCCUGUAUCCCCAUUAUUAACCGCAGCAGGAAUGGCUCGAGACUGGCCAGAUGCGCGUGGAAUCUGGCACAACAAUGAAAAGAGCUUCUUGAUCUGGGUGAAUGAGGAGGAUCAUACACGGGUCAUCUCCAUGGAGAAGGGAGGCAACAUGAAGAAAGUGUUUGAAAGAUUCUGCCGAGGCCUCAAAGAGGUGGAGCGGCUGAUCCAGGAACGUGGCUGGGAGUUCAUGUGGAAUGAGCGUCUGGGAUACAUCUUGACCUGUCCGUCUAACCUGGGCACUGGACUUCGGGCAGGAGUGCACAUCAAACUGCCCCUGCUGAGCAAGGAUAGCCGCUUCCCAAAGAUCCUCGAGAACCUAAGGCUCCAAAAACGUGGAACUGGAGGAGUAGACACAGCGGCCACAGGCAGUGUCUUUGAUAUCUCUAAUUUGGACCGACUGGGCAAGUCAGAGGUGGAGCUGGUGCAGCUGGUCAUCGAUGGAGUAAACUACCUGAUUGACUGUGAACGGCGUCUGGAGAGAGGCCAGGAUAUCCGCAUCCCUCCACCUCUCCCCAACAAGCAUUAACUCCCGUCCCCAGCGGAUGACUCAAGACUCCCAGGACCUCUGCCAUUCUAAUGGCAGCCCAUUCUCCUUGCCCUGGGUGCCACCAUCAACCCCCACCCCCCUGUCCUAGUAAAGGCUCCGUGCUAUGCUUCA